AUGGUGCCCAAGCAAAAGGAUCACCAGAAAAAGGGCCCAGCCCAGCAGCCGGCUGACGAAAUCUCCAGCAUUCAUGCUCGCAUCAAGCUGUUCGAGCACCCGUUCGCCCACCAGGUCAUCAACACGAAGAUCGAGAUGUUCUGCUCGUACUGUAUGCGAGCGGCGCCCGGAGAUGGGAAACUCCUCAAAUGCUCAGCGUGCAAUCAUACCAGGUAUUGUAACAAGGAAUGCCAAAGACUGGCCUGGAAAUUACAUCGAAUUGGACAUUUUCAGGUUUUCCCCAAUCUCCCCCUGACGGAGAUCCUCUUCCAAUCCAAAGUCAUCGACCGCGUACAAUUCAUCCGCGAAAACGGCGACAAAUAUGGAUGGGAAAGGGAGAGGCCGUUCAGCUCGCUCUGUGACCAUAAAGACGAAAUACGGAAAGACGAGGCGAAAAUGGAGUACUUUGAGAAGCUGCUGAACAAGAUGACGACAUUCCGCGGGGACGAGAUGCCGGAAAGGGAAGUCUUCUUCGACAUCUUCUGCAAAAUCCAAAUCAACUCCCACUCAAUCCACACCAAUGCUGGCAAUGAAGUGGGGAUGGCCAUCGAUUUGGGUGUCUCUCUCUACAACCACUCCUGCCGCCCGACCUGCUCGAUGGUGUUCGACGGAUUCCGGGUGGUGAUCCGGCCGCUGGUGCCCGAUAUUGAUGCCAACGACACGAGCAAGUCGUUCAUCUCCUACAUCGACGUCGGCCGCAGCAAACACAUCCGAAGACGAGAGCUCAAGACCCGCUGGUUCUUCGACUGCGAAUGCUCGCGUUGUAUGGAUCCUGCCGAUGAUGUUCUCACCGCGAUCAGGUGCUCAAACCCGUGCUGCGAUGAGCCGCAGGUGAUCACCGAGACCUCGGAGCCGUGCUAUAUUGCGUGCGCCAAGUGCGGCUCGAUGACCGAUGAUGAUACUGUUAAGCAAGCCCAACAACUGAUGCUCAGCCUGCCCGCCCAGUUCGACCCGGAGUGUCCGGCCGAGAAGCUUCGCGAACUGCUCGCCUCCGCCGAAUCCGUCCUGCACCCGGUGAACGUGUACAUCACCCGCCUCCGCACAGCCCUCCUACACAUCACUGGAUCCCUCGAAGAGAACAUCACCUCCAUCCACAAACAAGUCUACGAGAACUACAAACUAUGUUUCCCGAAAGCUGAUCGUCACGUCGGCUACCAACUUCUACACAUCGUCAAGGCGUUGAUCGAAAAGGACGAUCGUGAAGAGGCGAUCACCUACGCCUACGACGCCAUGAACAUCUUUGAAGUGUGCUUUGGCCUCGAUCACCCGUACUAUCUCCAAACCCUAGCUCUUUGGACAUAUUUGGACCAGAGGACCCCAAAAUCCAAGGCCGAGCUCAUCGCCCUCACCAACUUCAACGACAACCGCCGCGUCGACAUCGAGACGCUCCUCGAAAAGGCGGCCGCCAUCAGCCCGGGUACCCUGGCCAUCAAUCUGCCAAAGUCAAAGCAC